GGCUCUUCACUUCUCGGCUGGUCCAUCAGCUAUCGCCAUGUGCUAAUACAUACGUACGAUAAUCGGAACAUAAAUAUCAGACUGCUUACAGCGCAGCCUCUGUAUUGCACAGCUUCCCACAAGGCCCGAUUCGAACCGCAAUCAUGGCAUCCGGUAUCCCAAUGGGCGGCUUCCAGCUUGGGUCGUCCCUCAACAGGAGACUUAGCAGGCUCUACAACGACACUAAGAAAUCCUCCGACUUCGUCAAGGAACCCGUCCAACAUGCCGAGGCCGACCCCGAAAUCAAGUCCCUCCACCGCAAGCUCAAGAUCCAAAAGGACCGUCUUGUCAGCUGGGGGCUGGAAUGGUCCGACCCUACACACUCCGCCGAAGUCUACAUUGACUCUUCACUAUCCAAGGCCGGCCUCAGCGAAGUCGUUGGGAGUAUCAUGUCCACCAUCAAGGACAUCUUAGCUGAGGCCGAGCCGCUAUGGAACAGCUCCAAACAGUUGACCGGCGAGAGUAAUGAGCCCUAUCAACCACCAAAGCGAGGCGAGAAGAUCAGGAUGGUGGUGUGGGACAAGAACCGCUUCGAGGAUCUUAUCCGCGAUUUGACGACGUCCAUCGAUACCCUCUACGAUCUGUCGAGGACCAGAUCCUCCUAUGCUCAGCACUCGUCCGCCGCACGUGAGAGGCUUCAGAGGGCUGUUGCUUCGCCCGCGGAAGAGUAUCGCCCAUUCGAGUCUACCAGGAUCCAGACACCACAGCAGAUCGAUCCUACUACCCUCAUGAACCUGCGCGACAUGCAGGCCGUGCCCAUGACCGAGGCUGGAAACCAGGAGCAGGGGACAAGGGAGAUUGUCUUUAUGGGCAAGCAGGCUUAUGCCGAGCUGAUGGAACGGAUGGGUGCUCAGAUUUCCUACGGACCUCUGCUUUUGGAAUACGCGCCCUUCGAUUCCAUCUAUUCCAUCACAGGCAUAUCACCACCCAUGACCCGGUUUGAGCGCUUGUCAUCCGGUCUUCAAGCUGAUCCUCAACGGUCAUCCAGUUCUUGGGUAGGUCUUCCCCGCUUAUUGGGCUAUUUUGAGGACAUGGAAAAUUCAAGGUUCGGGUUGGUCUACAGGUUCCCCCGUACCUUCAAUCCGGUCACCUACGAAAACCUUACCCAGAACCCUUUGUAUAGCAUGUGCUCGCUGGCCAACCUAUUGGCUCGCCCGGACUUCGAGCCCAAGCUGGAAGCCAAGUUUCGUCUGGCUGCCAACCUGGCCAACACAAUCUUUGACAUGCACGCCAGGGGUAUCACUCAUGGCAACCUUCUUAUUGACAACAUCUCCUUCUGCAAUGCCGUCAGCACCGACCCAGAGAUCAGCGGAAUGAGUCAGGGCGAGGUCGACAUCAGACGGCCUUUGGUCUCGUCGUUUGACUUAUUCUCAGAUCCACAAUCACAAGACGAACCUGAUCCCUUUACGCCUUAUAGACAUCCGUUGGACCCAAAGAACUCUACCCAGUCGCCGCUCAACAACAAUGCUGAUUCUAAGACAUUGGAUCUUUACUCUUUGGCCAUGAUCCUCAUUUCUGUGGGUCUUUGGAACACCCUGGAGAAUAUCCUCCCGGAUGUUAAGAACCCAGUCGUCUCCAAUUCCAUUCUUGACCAACUGGCUAUUCGAUGCGGUACGCUUUACAUGAAGGCCGUUCAGACCUGCUUGAGGGCAGUGGAUCAGGAAAUUGGUGGUCAACAUACCAUGGACGAGAUUGCUCGUCAUGUCGAGUUCAAGGCUAGCCGAUAUCUCGAGGCGUGCUGCAUUCUGGAUGGCGUGAGCAACCUGGAAGAGAGACUGGGAGAUGACCUUUCUCCUGCUCCGCCAGCCGUGCAGGUGCCCUCAGAACCAACUGCUUCCGGCUCUGGUUCCUCCAAGGAAAGCAAGUCUGAAAAGGUGGCGGUUGAGACGCCAACCCGCCGAAAGAGUGAAGAAUCUACUCCCCCUAUUGCGGUUGUGCCAGUGGAUCCCGAACUGGAAGUGCGGGCCAAGAUCCAGGACUCUUCAGGCAAGGAGAAAGCACGCCUUUAUCCACACGUUCCUCUUCCGCCAGAUGUUGUCGAACAGUGGAACUCGGUUCUCAUGCCAGAGAUCAACUCGGCUCUCAAAACCUUCUACCGCAAAAACCCCGAGUCCGUCGAAAUCUCUCUCGAAUCGAUCGGCGAGUCACCACAGCGUACUAAGCCUACCGUUCUGGUCGUCUGCACUUCGGUCAGCAAGGUUAGGGCCAUUCUGAAGAAGAAGCUGGGCGUUCUGUUCGAUGGAACACGGUCGAAUCUCGGACUCAAGGUAUGCAAGGGUCAGGUUCUCCGGUCACGCAAGCAGGUUAUCAACCGCAGCAUGGCCAACCCGGAAGAUACUGGAGAUGUCAUAGCCGCCAACCCGUCAUACCAACCCAAGCCACAGAAUGGGGCGAGUAUUGGGGCAUGGAUUGGCGAUCGGCACUUGCCGCCAGUCAGUUUGGGAGGACUUAUCGUGGUGGACGACAAGCCUUAUGGCAUGACGGUGCACCACAUGCUGGAUGACCCCGACUCAGAUGAUGUCGCAGAUGACAAUACUAGGAGUAUGGCAGGCGGAGGCCUUAACGAUCUCGCAGCGUGGUACGCCCAGCAAUACUUAAACACCGACGAAUCCUCCCCAGACAGCAGCGAAAACGAUGACUACGCCUGCGAAUUCUCCGACACGGAUUCCGAAGCCUAUUCCGAGUCCGCCAUAACUAGCGAAGCUUCCGACGACGAUGAACACUAUGAGGAAGAAGAACAAUUUACCGAACCCGGCGACAUCCCCGGAAUCGAGCCGGGCUGCGGCGAAGGCUUCAUCAUCACGCAACCGGCCCUAGACGACGUAGCCUCGGACUUCUAUCCCUCCGCUGAGGACAAAGACCAAGACCACCUUGACACCUUCCGGGUCGGCGAGAUGUACGCCUCCAGCGGUAUUCGUCGGCGCAAGGAGAAUGGUCUUGUGCAUGAAAUUGACUGGGCCCUCUUCGAAUUCGAAGACGAUCGCCAACCAACUGAUAACUUUAUCCCAAAGGCUUCUAAUCCUUCUCCAGGCAAGAAGGGGAAGAAACACACCCGCCUCCCCAGCAUUCCCCCUGACCAAAUCCCAACAAUCCUCCCAACCUCCAUCGCCCCCUCCCACACCCUUCCCGGUCUCCAAGUGCAAUGCAUGGCCCGCAGUUCCGGCCUGCAAACAGGCACCAUCCUCCCCGCCCUCACCUCGGUGAAAAUCCUCGGCCGGGCAUCUCCCAGUCACACUUACCAAGUCUCCGGUACCCCUUCCCUCGGUCUCGUACCCAACCGUCCCAACCGACCAUCCGGAUCCAGUGACCAUUCCAUCAACUCUCGCCGCCAACCACUACCGAUGGGCAUCCCCGGCGACUCCGGCGCCUGGGUAGUAGAAAGAGACGGAGGCAGUGUCUGCGGCCACGUCCUCGCGUGGUCGAGCAGGAAGAGGGUAGCCUACAUAUGUCCCAUGGAGGUUUUAGUCAGGGAUAUCGCCGAGGUUUUGGAAGCGGAGGAGAUCAGGUUGCCCGGCCCCACAGGCGCAAUCAUCUACCAAUCUUAUGAAGAUAGGACUCCUGGAGUGAGCAGACAGGCUAGCAAGGCCAGUACGCGGACGGUUGGUGGAGGGUAUGGAGGUUAUGGAGGUGGAGGUGGGCAGAGCAUAAGCAGACAAACGAGCGCGGCAAGCGCACGUACAUACGUCGGGCAACAGGAUUUUGGGUCGGUGGGACUAGGCAGAACAUUCUCAAGAGGAAGUGCCUUUUCUGGCAUUGGGCCGCCGGGGUAUGAUGAUUACCCUGUGGAUGAAAACACACCCGGAACCGGACGCCAAUCAAGCGUUCGACGCUUACAGAAACAAGUGGAGGACGAAUACCUCCCCGCGUAUAGCGAGCUGAAGCAAGCUCAAGCAGUGGCCGCUGCUAACCUUUCCAGACAAGGAGAGAGGCCAGGAAACAACAAUGAUAAUGAUGAUAACGAUGGAUAUGACGAGGGAGUAGAGGAUUUGGAGCACGAUUUUAAGGAUCUACAUUUGGAAGCCGCGGCGCUAGAGGGCGCGAUGCCGUUUGGGGUGGAGAGGUGGGGGACUGGUUUUGCUUGAUGUUGGAAGUUGUGGAAGUUGGAUACUAUUUUGUCUUCUUGUUUGAUACCCUCAAGUUUUUGAUGUAGAAGUAGGAAAGAAAAGCGGAUGCGGGGAUGAAAGCGAUCAAUUUUGAGUACAUAAUCAUGCCGAACCCAGCGAAAACCCCUUCUUCGCAAUUGAACAAUGCGUGUCUUAAUCUAAGUCUCCGGCUGUUCGUGUAAACAACUUCAAAUUGUUACUUCCUGACUGACUGCGUUUUCCAUCGCUGGCGAGAGAGUCGAAGACUCGAAGACUCGAAGCGGAGUCCAUCCAGUAACCGUCGAUGAGGAGUAAGAUAAUACACUAACUUCUCUCCGCCUAUGUUGGCUGGAAGACUGGUAA